UCUAAAAAAAUCUUCCAGUCUAAUCUCCUGAGUGCUGGGAUUACAGACAGGAAGCACUACACUUGACAAUUUGAUUACUUUUUCUCUUAUUGGUUGGUAUGUGACAAGACUCUCUUUCCUGAGGAGACAUGACACACAUCUGUUCACCCCAGAUAAAGAGCCCACAGCAGACCAGAGUAGCUUGGUGAACCAGUGAGUUUCAUUGGAAUUACUUACAGGAAUAUGGAUGAGGGGUUACUUACGGGAGCAGAACAGACAGCAGCAGAACCAAAGUGCACCCCAGCAUGGAUGACAACUCACAAAUGCUGGGAACCUGGAACACGCUGCACUGGCCUGUUGAACUGCCAGCAGUUCGGAGAGCGUCCUUUCCUAGUGACUCAGUUGGUCUAGUCUUCAGGUCAGCGGGUCUGAUCUCAGAGUUAUUUUUGCAGCUUGGCUUGUCUGAGAGUGACUCUGUUUUUCACUCUGGGAGGUAGGGGCCUAGUGAAUCUGGUCAGUUUCAGGGAUUCCUCGGAGUUAUUUUUGAGUUGCUUACCUUUUAAGGAGCUUCCCUGUGGAUGAAAUGUAUCAAUCUUGAAGAAACACAACAGGUGUCCAGUUCUUGUUUAACUUUCAGUACCUCUCUCCCUGUAGUGGCCUCCAGCUCCCUUGGUAGAUACCUGCUUCAGUCUCCUAGGCCUUUAGCUUUGUAUUCUUGCCUCUACACCAGGCUAGUGCGUGCCAGCAUACCUGCCUGCUCUGGGUUCCGUAGACUUUAUAGUUUCCUUUCAUUGGCCCACUGCUUCACUUAGGGAAAAUCAGGUUGAGUUUUUCAGUAAGUCAGUUAUAUCUUUCCAUUGAUUUAAAGCUUCCUUAAUUCCCCUUAGCAGUGUUUUGACUUUAGUUUACAAGACUUGACAACUUUCAUUAGGUUUAUUUCUGUAUUCGGUGUCUACUACUACCCUCAAUGGGAUGAAACAAAGGACUAUCCCAUAGUAUCCUACAUUUGAUGAGUAUGUCAUAGAAAAUAGUUAUAUUUACGAUUUUUUAGAUUUAUUUAUUUUUUUAUAUUUAUUUGUUUAUUUAUUUAUUAUAUGAGUACACUGUAGCUGUCUUCAGACACACCAGAAGAGGGCAUCAGAUCUCAUUACAGAUGGUUGUGAGCCACCAUGUGGUUGCUGGGAAUUGAACUCAGGUCCUCUGGAAGAGCAGUCAGUGCUCUUAACCACUAAGCCAUCUCUCUAGCCCAUAUACAUAUAUUUACUUUUUUUUGUUGUUGUUCCUAUUGCAAAGAAGUAAAAUUUGUUAUUUCUGGAGCUGAGAAUCAGUUAAACCCAAGGCCUCAAUCCCCAAACCCUAAAAUGUUUAAAUAUUGACUUUGUUAAAAUUAAAGAUUCUUUUUUUUUUUUUUUUUUUUGGUUCUUUUUUUUUUUUUUCGGAGCUGGGGAUCGAACCCAGGGCCUUGUGCUUCCUAGGCAAGCGCUCUACCACUGAGCUAAAUCCCCAACCCCAAAAUUAAAGAUUCUUUAGGGUUUUCUAUAUACACAAUCACAAAAUCUAGAAUAAUGACAAAAUUUUACAUUAGUCUUUUUUGUUUGUUUUAUGAGACAGGGUUUCUCUGUGUAAACCUGGCUGUCCUAGAAAUUGCUCUGUAGACCAGGCUGGCCUCAAACUCUGAGAUCCCCUGCCUCUGCCUUCUGAGUGCUGAGACUAAAGUUGUGCGCCAUCGCCUCCCCCUUUUUGAACUAUUUUACUAAAAUCUCUGGUACACAAAAGAAAUGGUGAAAGAGAAACCUUGUUUGUUUGUCUUAGGGUCUCCCAGAGUAGUUCAGGCUAACCUGGAAGACUCCGCAGCUAAGGCUGACCUUGAACUCUCAGUGAUGCUUCUGCCUCUGCCUCCCAGGAACUGUGAUUAUACCCAUGAGCCACCAAACCUAGAACGUCUAAAAUAUCAGCUAACUUUCAUUCCUUGGUUCAUUCUUUUUUUUUUUUUUUUAUUACUAUUAUUAACUUGAGUAUUUCUUAUAUACAUUUUGAGUGUUAUUCCCUUUCCCGGUUUCCGGGCAGACAUCCCCCUCCCCCGGGUUCAUUCUUUUAAGACAGAGUCUCACUCAGAGAUCUGCCCGCCUGUCUCCAAAGGAGAGGGAAAAUGUGGGCCACCAUUCCCACCUGAAAUACUAACUUUCUGUUAAACUGUGAUUCAGCCAAAUUCCCUUGUAAUGUUCUCCUUAUCCAUGAAGAAUACCCUCCACAAGCCCACUGGUUAUCUGAAUGCAGGCAGUACCAAACCCUGUCUGUUUCAUUUAAAGAUUACCCUUUAUGAAUUUGCUCUCGCUUUAUAGAGUCUGAACAGUCAGCAUUUCCACUCCUGUGCUUUAAAUUUUAGAAGUUUAAAUUUUAUGUGUGUGGGUGUUCUUGCCUGUAUGAACAGGUACCCAAGAUGGCCUGAGUAGGGUGUGGGAUCCUCUGGAACUGGAGUUAUGGAUGGUAUGAACCAACAUGUUGGUGCUAGGAAUUGUGUCCAGGGCUUUGGAAGAGCCUUCAGUGCUCUGAACCACUGAGCCUUCUCUCCAGUCCCUCUUUCAGAUCUUUUUUUUUUUUUUUCUCUCGGAGCUGGGGACCGAACCCAGGGCCUUGCGCUUCUUAGGCAAGCGUUCUACCACUGAGCUAAAUCCCCAGGCCCCCCCCCCCCCUUUUUUUAAAAGAGUUACUUGAGUAAAAACAGCAUAGUAGUCAAUCAGACAACUCAAAGAACAAUGAACAAUUUGAUACACAAUUUAAAACUUAAGAGUUGGCUUGCUUAUCUCCAGCCUUUAGGAAGCAGAGACAGUUGGAUCUGUGCGUUCCAGGAUACCCAGAGCUUCAGUAAGAAAGGUGGGGGGGAAUAUUGUUACCUUCAGAUUUUUCCAGGAAAUAUUUUUGGGGUGUGGUUCAUUCAUUGCUGGUAACUCAUUCUAAUAGGGAGCGAUUGCUGUAUGUUUGGUUUUGGUCUGGGGGUGGACAGUGGGUUGAAACUGGGUAUCAUGUUGCUCACAGUUCCCUUGAACUCCUUAUCUUCCUUCCUCUGACUUCCAAGGUCUCCUGUUUUUGGAUAUAUAUGUUUGGAUAUAUAUAUAUAUAUAUUUUUUUUUUUUUUUUAAUGUAAGGAUACUGUGAAGAAAGGGCAAGUGAGACCGCUCAGGGUAAAGGCUCUUGCCUCCAAUUCUGAUAACCUGUUUGAUCCCCAGGCCCUACAAGGUAUAAGAAGAGAAUGAACUUCUGUAGGUUGUCUUGGUAUGUGUGUUUGUACCCUUACCACCACCACCCCCGAAACAAAUAAAUAAAUGAAAUAAAAAAAAAAAACCAAAAAACCUUUUUUGAGAACUUGGAAAAAUGUCUUGGUGAGUAAAGGUGUUUGCGGUCAAACCUGCCAGCCUGAGAUUAAUGGCCAAGAUGGACUUCCCCACAUAUGCCAUGAGUCAUGAGCACAGUCACACACACACACACACACACACACACACACACACACACGCACGCACGCACGCACGCACGCACUCACUAAAUGUAAUUGUUAGAACUUUCACUUUUUACGUGUGCCUGUGUGAGUUUCAACACACCACAUGUAUGCGAGAGCUGGAGGAGGCCGGAAGCUGGGGUUGCAUCUCUUGAUGCUGGAGCUACAGAUGCUGGGAACUGAACCCAGGUCCUCUGUAAGAGUAACAAAGUGCCCUUAACCAGUGAGCCACCCUUCUAGUCCUAAAUGUAAGUCCUAAGAAAAAUUUUUUUAAACAAUUGGGAAAUACUGGUUGAACGGGAAGAAAACACGCACAGCAUUGUACCGCAGCUCGGUGCUCAGGGCAGUUAUAUGAAGGGUCCAGCAGGCUCUCAUUUAAUUUGCCAUUUUCUGUUGAAUUGCCUAGUUGCCUUGAGUACACUUUGUACAUUACUUUCAAUUCUCUAUUUUAAGAGUAUUGUCAAACCCAGCAACCUACAAUUCAGAAGAAAAGAAACUUACAUUUUCAGGCAGUGGUAAUAGAAUUAAAUCAUAAUUUUGUUUGAUCAAUCAAAUAGCCAAUUUAGUCUACUUUCUAAAAUUGCCUUUGAAUAUCAUGCUAUUGUGGGUUCCUUUUCAUAUCCCAAAGUAUCCUCUAAAAUGAAAGGUGCAUAUGUAUGUAAAUGAGAAUUCUGUUUCUUCCUGUUUCUCAAGCUCCACAGCCGACAUCUCUGUUCUCACCUGACGUGAGUAAAAUGCUUCCUGCAGUUCCAGGCACAGCUGCUCAGCUUUCCUGUUCCAGUUGUAGAAGAGUCUUUCAGGAGGGACAGACAGCUUUUCAGAGGAAAGGGUCUGCUGAGCUUUUCUGCUCGAGACUCUGCAUCGAUGGGUGCCCUUUACCUGCUAUGUCCCCAGCUCCUCUCAAAAGAAUGUGCUUAAACUGCUCAAGAGACAUUUUAAAUCUAAAGGAUAUGAAGAGCGUCCGAUUGGAGGAUAGCAGUUGUAACAAAAACUUUUGUAGCCAGUCUUGUCUUACAUCAUAUGAAGAAAAACGAAAGCCAUGUGUUACCGUAUAUACUGAGAGCACUUUGCCUAAGUGCAGCAUGUGUCAGAGGACAUCCACUAAACCACCCAGAAUACUUAGAUCUUUUCCUUGCAAAUCACUGAAACUAUCAGAUGAGAUGAUUGUGAUUACUAAUGACUUGGGGAACCUAGAGAUUUUCUGCUCUGUUUGUUUUUCUUCAUACAACAGUGCUGUGAUGGAAUCUUCUUCAGUUAAUGUUUCCAUGGUGCACAGUGCUUCAAAAGAGAAUGUCUGUCCUAAGAAAUACCCAGUCAUAAGCAGUAUAAUGUCAUUAGUAAACAAUCGUGCUGACCUGGUCGUGAAUACUGAUCUCUUACAAGGUACACUUUCUUCUGUACCUACAAAUGUCAUUGUGAACAGCUCAGCCAGUGAGUCCAGCAGUGGUGUUGGAAAUAGUGUGGACCAGCCAAGCCUCCCCCCGCCUUCCUCUGUGCUCGGUGAGGACAAAGCUGCUCCCAGUGAGGAGGUCCAAAACAACAGUGAGACAAACCAGGAUCCUACAUAUAGCAUGACAUCCGUGAAAGGAAAUGAUCAGCCAUGUUUCUCAAAGUCUACAUCCACAGAACAGAAGAUUAAGAGUGAGCCACAGCCUGCUGGAGAGCUGUGGAGCCCAGGUUCCCAGCAUCUGCGUCCCAGUACUGCCAAUGAGAUCGCUUUCUGCUAUUCUUGCUACUUGUUCUACCAGAAAAAAGUCAGCUGUCGGAGAGAAGCUUUUGCAACCAAAGGAGCUGCUGCUGACUGGGAGAGAAUGCUGGAAAAUUUCAGACGGCAUGAAGAAAGCGAAGGGCACUUAAAGUCCCUGCGAUUUUGGAGGCAAUGCCAGUUUCUCGAUGCCGUUCCACAUAACGAUUCAUCUGUUUAUUCAAAACAGAUUGAAGGAAAUAAAAAGUACCUACAGCUCGUCAUUGAGAACAUUUUAUUUCUUGGAAAACAGUGCUUGCUCUUAAAAGGAAAUGACCAGUCUAUUUCGUCCAUUAAUAAAGGCAAUUUUUUGGAAUUACUAGAGAUUAGAGCAAGAGAUAAAGGAGAGGUGUCUCGGCUUAUGAGUUCACACAUUGACUUCUAUAGUAGUACUCUUGUCCAGGAGGAGAUUAUUGAAAUAAUAAAGGGUGAAAUGUUGCAAGACAUCGUGAGUGAGAUCAACGCCUCCUCAGCCUUUUCAAUAAUCUGUGAGGAGGUAGCUGGCAGUGGUGCUGAGAGACAGCUUUCUGUGUGUGUGAGGUAUGCACAAAAAUUGCCAAGUGCUGUCUUCGUUAAAGAGCGGUUCCUGGGGUUCGUUACUGCUGAGGAGGUGACUGGGGCCCAUGUACACAGGCGUAUCAAAGCUUACCUGCAGCAGGUCGGAGUUGACUUUAAUAAAAUAUGCGGCCAAGCCUAUGAUAGUGCCACAAAUUUUAGGGUAAAACUGAAUGAGGUUGUAACAGAAUUCAAGAAGGAAGAGCCAAGAGUUCUGUAUGUGCAUUGUCAUGCACAUUUUUUUGAGUUAGCCGUGCUUAGCUUUUGUAAGGAGGUGAAGGAGCUCCGCAGUGCGCUAAACACGCUCGGCUCUUUGUUCAACACUGUCCGUGUGUCUGGAGAAAUGUUGGCAAGUUUGCAGACCGUGUGUAAGCUAAGUCUGAAUAAGACUUGUAAAAAGCACGCAUCGCAGUCCUGUUGGCCAGCCCACGACCACUUGUUACUGGCUGUGACAGACUGCCUUCCAGAGAUCGUGGGAAUGCUGGAGUCCGUGUCGCGCCACUCCUCAGGCACAGGCGUGGCUGCGGAGCUGGAAGAUUUGUUGGCGAUGGUUACCAAGUUUGAGUUUAUAUUUUGUUUGAAAUUUCUUUAUCGAAUACUCAGUAUUACAGGGAUUCUUUCUAGAGAGUUUCAAAGUGAAACUGUAGACAUUUUUUCUUUGUUUUCAAAAAUAGAAGCGAUUUUGGAGUGUUUAUCUUCUGAAAGGAAUGAUACAUAUUUUAAAACUAUCUGGGAUGGAGCAGAUGAAAUAAGUAAAAAGAUAACCAGCAAGGGUUUUGAUAUUGAGAAACCCUCUUUUCAAAAAAGAAGAAAAAUUCAAAGAACAGUAGAUCCCUGCAACUCAGAGCAUAUGAUUUUUCCUACUUCAGCAGAUGAACAAUAUAAAAUUAAUAUUUACUACCAAGGUUUGGAUACUGUAUUAAAAAGCUUAAAGUUAUAUUUUUCAGAGUUUGACUAUUGCAAAAUGAAACAAAUUUCCGAGCUGUUACUCAAGUGGAAUGAACCAUUAAAUGAAGCCACAGCCAAGCACAUCCAGGAAUUCUAUAAACUUGAUGCAGACAUCAUCCCUGAGCUAAGAUUUUACCGGCAGUAUGCAAGUCUCAACUUCGUCACACGGAAUGGUUCCUUAAGCUUCAUUGACCUGGGCUGUCUGUUUAUUCAGCACGGUCUCCACAAUAAUAUUCCUUGUAUCACAAAACUGUUGCAUAUUGCUUUAUCUUGGCCAAUUACUUCAGCAAAUAAUGAGAAGUCAUUUUCCACACUGCCUCAUCUUAAAGCAUACUUACUUCGUACCACGGGGCAAGAGAAGCUCAGUAGCCUUGCUCUGAUAGCUGUUGAGCAGGAACUGGUAAAUAAAUUGAUGGAACCUGAAAGACUCACGGGAAUGGUUGAAAAGUUCAUUAGUCAAAUGAAAGAUAAAUAAGACAAACUUGCAACUUUGAGCUCAAUUAAAAAGAAUUCUGUGGUUUUAUUAGAAUCCUAA